AUGGAUAAUGUGUCGAAUGUAAGAAGUUUCAUUCUGUCAGGAUUUAAUGAGACGAUGAAUUUCAGAGUGCCUCUCUUCACAUUCACUUUACUGUAUUACUGCAUGAUUUUAUUUUUCAAUGUCUCUCUUGUGCUGCUUAUUUUCUUGGAUGAAAAUCUGCACGAACCUAUGUACAUUUUCCUGAGUAGCUUUUGCAUUAACACAAUUUAUGGGACCACAGGUUUCUACCCAAAAUUCCUUUCAGAUUUACUAAGGUCUUCCCAAACAAUCUCAUAUGAAGGGUGCCUUUUACAAGCUUUUGUCAUAUAUUCAUUUGUCUGCUGUGAUUUGUCCAUUUUAGCUGUCAUGGCCUUUGACAGGUAUCUGGCUAUAUGUCGACCUCUGCACUACCACUCUUUCAUGACUAAGAGGAGGCUCUCUCAGCUGGUGUGUUUCUCCUGGCUAACUCCUUUAUGUAUUUUUGCCAUUAAUGUCCUGCUAACAUCAAGACUGAAGUUAUGUGGUAUAAACAUUCAGAGAGUCUUAUGUGUAAACUGGUUAAUUGUUAAACUUGCUUGUCCUGAAGCUGAAACCUUUACAAACCACAUCGCAGCAUAUGCAACAGUUAUCAUUUAUGUGUCUCAUGGCUUUUUUAUAAUGUGGACUUACACACAUCUCAUUAAAACAUGUGCGAGGUCCAGAGAGGACAGAGAAAAGUUUAUGCAGACCUGCCUGCCCCACCUGACCUCUUUGAUCACAUUUAUAGUUGUGAUUGGUUUUCAGUCGAUAUAUGUGCAAUUUGAGUACACAGGUUUUUCUGAAAGUCUCAAAAACUUCAUUACAGUUGAAAUUCUCAUCAUUCCACCUUUUAUGAACCCUCUCAUAUAUGGAUUCAAACUCACCAAAAUACAAAACAGAAUCCUGACUUUACUUAAAUCUUACAAGAAACUAACUUACAUCAAGUUUAGUUUACUUAAAAAAACAAGAGAAAUGUGA